AUGUCGUCGGUCAGAUCCACGUCUACUCCUGUGGACGUAGGCUCAAGAAGUCCAGCGGCAGUAGGCAGUUUACACUCCAGACAUGCCUCGAUAGCACGAUUAUCUUCGCCAGUCCCUUCGGGUCGCCUCAAUACGCCUCCUGUCCAGCAAGUGCCCACACCCCAGCAGAUAGCAGCCGACUACGACGAUGCCAACCUGCCCAAACUCGACCAGUCCGGCUCAUUGCCAGGACCAGGACCGUCUGCCCUGUCGAGUGCGCUCGCUGAUGCAAGAAACCAUAUUCCGCCUCAAGCUCAAACUCCUCCACCCGCCUCAACGCCGAAACAGCCCUUAUUAACAACUGGUGCAGGAUUGGGCGGUCAUGACAGAUUACCCAGAAGCAAUUAUGGCUCGUUCAGCGCUCGUGACAUGGCUGGCAGUCCCGCUCCAACGGAAGAUCCAGAGGUGGUCAAGAGACAUCUAGUGCAGCCGGAACAAGGCUCGACCAGAUACGGGAGGUCGCUUCGCUUGGACUUGACGGAUGGAAGCGGCCUGGACGCGAACGAGUUUUCGAGCCUGAGAUUACAGGGAGGAGAUGUGACACGCGCCGUAUAUCGGUGGGCAGAAGAGCAGGCGACUAAUCAGCCGGGGAAGGCCCAGAGGAGCAAGAGCUUCACCAUCGCACGGCCUGACCCGGAAAGUGAGACAACGGAUAUCCAGAACAUUCGAGUGCCCGGCGGGUUUCGUCGACACUUCCUGCGUAAAGCCGCAGAAAGUCCUGCCCGCGAAGGUCAAAGAGCGAACGGCAGUGCUGCGACUGGCAGAAAUCCCCGUACCCCGUCUACUGGCAAUGGUCCGCCUCGCCUGUUCACGAACAAUUUUCUGGAGUUCCUCACACUGUACGGCCACUUUGCAGGCGAGGACCUGGAGGAAGAUGAUGAGGUGCUCGAGCCAGACGAAUAUUUCUCCUCUGACGCUUAUGAUGACGAGGGCAGCGACAGAGAAGCGACGGAGGACAGUGCUUUGCUUACGCCCGGUGGACUGCGAAAACGGAAACACAAGGAGCGCGCACCAACCGGCACUGGCAGCAGCUUCAACGCCGCUUUGCUGCUUCUCAAAUCGUUUGUCGGUACAGGCGUCCUGUUCCUCCCUCGGGCAUUCCUGAACGGAGGCAUGCUCUUUUCGUCGCUGGUCCUGCUCGGCGUGGCCAUGCUCAGUUACUAUUGCUUCCUCUUGCUCAUCAGUACCCGCAGCAGGGUCGAGGCGUCAUUUGGUGACAUGGGCGGCAUUCUGUACGGCAAAUGGAUGAGGGCCGCAAUUCUGUUCUCAAUUGUUUUGAGCCAGGUCGGCUUCGUGGCCGCCUAUACUGUUUUCACGUCCGAAAACCUGCAGGCGUUCGUGCUGGCGGUGUCCAAGUGCAAAACGUUCAUCGACAUCAAGUUUAUGGUCCUGAUGCAACUCGUCAUCUUCCUGCCCCUGAGCUUGAUCAGGGAUAUAGGAAAACUGGGCUUCACGGCUCUCGUUGCAGACGCGUUCAUCCUCGUCGGCCUGAUUUAUUUAUAUUACUACGACAUUGCGACCAUUGUCGACAACAAAGGCAUCUCAGACAUCACCCUCUUCAACCCAGCGACAUGGACUCUCUUCAUCGGCACAGCCAUCUUCACGUUCGAGGGUGUCGGGCUCAUCAUCCCCAUUCAGGAAUCAAUGAGGAAGCCUCAGAACUUCCCCGGCGUCCUCGCCACCGUCAUGGUUAUAAUCACUUUGCUCUUCACGUCCAUGGGCGCCCUUUCGUACGCGGCAUACGGCUCCAAGACCAAAACCGUGGUGCUCCUCAACCUUCCACAGGACAACAAGAUGGUCAACGGGGUCCAAUUCCUCUAUUCGCUCGCCAUCCUGCUCAGCACUCCAUUGCAGCUCUUCCCAGCCAUCCGCAUCAUGGAGAACGAACUGUUCAGCCGCUCGGGGAAAUACAACCCCUGGAUUAAAUGGCAGAAGAACGUGUUUCGCUUCUUCCUCUGUUUCGUCUGUGCGCUCAUAGCUUGGGGCGGAGCUGGCGACCUCGACAAGUUCGUCGCCCUGGUCGGCAGCUUCGCUUGCAUUCCCUUGGUGUACAUCUACCCGCCAAUGCUUCACUUGAAGGCCGUCUCAAAGACCCGGUGGCAACGCGGCCUGGACUACGCCAUGUGUAUCUUUGGUGUUGCAAGCUGUGCGUAUACCACCGUUUUGACUGUGCAGCAGUGGGCGGGAGGAAGUGGCGCGAAGGAACCCGGAUACUGUGACUCUUGA